CUUUGACUUUCUUUCCUCUUCGGUUCCUUCCUCUUAGUCGUCGUCGUCGUCUUCUCCUUCUUCUUUCUUUCAACUUUUUAGUUCUGAAUUCGUAUCAUAGCACCCAAUAACUCCUACAUGUAUAUUCUUUUUCCUUUCAAGUCCAUAAUUACUAGAUUUCUUUCGUUUGGCGACUAAAUUUGUUCAGUUUCUGAAAAAGAAAGUUUUGAUUUUUCUCUACACAAAGAUCUCAAAGGUGAGUUGCAAUUUUCUCCGAGUGGAGAAGCCUAGGUGUUUUCCUCUGUUUGUGAAAAUGAAGUGUUUCUUAUUCCCUCAUGGGGACAAGAAAGACGAACAGAGGAGUCCUAAACCGGUUUCACCGACUUCUAUCUUCUCUGACCGUGGAGGAAACAAAAGCGGGUCGGAUAUCUCUGGAACGAGUACGGUAUCAUCCACUGGAAGGAACUCGAACACGAGCAUGUCCGCUAGAGAGAACAAUCUCAGAGAGUUCACCAUUUCUGAUCUCAAAUCCGCUACAAGGAGCUUCAGCCGCUCUGUUAUGAUCGGGGAAGGCGGUUUCGGCUGUGUCUACUGGGGAACAAUCAAGAGCUUAGAAGACCCUUCAAAGAAAAUCGAAGUCGCUGUUAAACAGCUCGGCAAGAGAGGGUUACAGGGUCAUAAAGAAUGGGUGACGGAAGUAAACUUUCUCGGGGUAGUGGAGCAUCCAAACUUGGUGAAACUGUUGGGUCAUUGUGCUGAAGACGAUGAACGUGGGAUCCAGAGGCUUUUGGUUUAUGAAUAUAUGCCAAACCAAAGCGUCGAGUUCCAUUUAUCCCCUCGCUCACCUACAGUACUUACUUGGGAUCUCAGAUUGAGAAUAGCACAAGACGCAGCUCGUGGUUUAACAUACCUCCACGAAGAAAUGGACUUCCAAAUCAUAUUCCGAGAUUUCAAGUCCUCAAACAUUCUCUUAGACGAGGAUUGGAAGGCAAAGCUUUCGGAUUUCGGUUUAGCUCGCUUAGGUCCUUCACCAGGAUCAACCCAUGUUUCUACUGGUGUAGUAGGAACAAUGGGAUACGCAGCUCCAGAAUAUAUCCAGACGGGUCGUCUCACAUCAAAAAGCGACGUGUGGGGCUAUGGAGUUUUCAUCUAUGAGCUCAUCACAGGAAGGAGGCCGCUAGACCGGAACAGGCCUAAAGGAGAGCAGAAGCUUCUAGAAUGGGUGAGACCUUACUUAACCGACUCUAAGAGGUUCCGGCUCAUAGUAGACCCGAGGCUCGAAGGGAAAUAUUUGAUCAAACCGGUCCAGAGAUUAGCGGUUGUAGCCAAUCUUUGCCUUGCUAGGAACCCAAAGACGCGUCCAAAGAUGAGUGAGGUGUUAGACAUGGUGACGAAGAUUGUGGAAUCUUCUUCUCCUGGGAAUGGUAGCAAGAAGCAGCAGCUGAUUCCGCUGAAGAGCCUAGAAGCUGCUUCUAGAGACGUGGAAGGGAAGAACAAGAAGGUUCUUGAUGGUGAUGAUGGAGGUUGGUUAGAGAAAUUAUGGAACCCAAAGAAUGUGAGAGCUUGUUGAUUCGGGUAAAGUCGGAAACAACAACUUUAGUACAUUACAUACAGCCUCUGCUUAUUUUCUGUAAUUCAAGAAAUUCAAUUUUUUUUUUUUUUUUUGCUUACUAUUUUGGUUAAUUUUGAAUCGGUGACUUAAAAUGUUGGUGUGAACGACGACAGAUAUAAAUAUAUAAUUGAGCUGUAUGUUUGUCUGACUUCUAAAUAAAUGAUUAUGUCUUUU